AUGUCGCGGUCAUCCAAGAUCAAGGUCCUCCUUGCCAUCGACGUCUUGUUCUUCUUCGUCGAAAUCAUCUCAGCUCAACUGAAUCAGGUUAUGCUGUCGGAUCGCUUGCUCUUGUCGCCGACAGUUUCCAUAUGCUUAAGCAUCGAUGUCAUGAGCUUAAUUGUGGCACUCUAUGCUAUCAAAUUGACUGAACAAGGCGAAAGUGACUCCCGCUACUCUUACGGGUGGCAUCGGGCGGAAAUCCUUGCUGCGUUGAUCAACGGCGUCUUUCUUCUCGCCUUGUGCUUCUCGAUAUUCCUCGAGGCGUUAGAGAGAUUCAUAAAUACUCCUGAUGUUUCCAAUCCUCGUCUCGUCGUUAUUGUCGGAGCUUUGGGACUCGCUUCCAACAUCGUGGGCCUCUUCUUGUUCCAUGAGCACUCCCAUUCACAUUCCCACUCCCACUCCCACUCCGAUGCUCCAAAAGCAUCACCUCCGACGAAACCCGCCCUUGUAAGGACUCCUUCGGAUGUGUCGGACUAUGGACUAGCGGGUCAUCCCGUUAUGACUCGUGCACAGAUUGUCAAGGUCGCAAACGACAUGGCCCGCACGCGUUCUCGGUCCCGAUCUCAUUCUCACACGCGUCAUCUCUCACACGAUGGAGAGCAAUACCGACCCAGCAUCCUUACUCCUCCAACGGAAGAAACGCCUCUCCUAUUAUCGGAAUCCUCAACCAACCAUACCCAUGCCCAUGACCCGCCUGUCCAUUCCCAUUCGCAUAGCGGCUCCAUGAACAUGCGAGCCUUGGUGCUUCACGUUCUCGGAGAUGCACUUGGCAAUGUUGGUGUUAUUGCCACUGGCCUUAUCAUCUGGCAGACUUCAUGGAGCUUCAAAUACUACUUUGACCCCAUAAUUAGUCUUGUUAUCACCGUCAUCAUAUUCUCUUCUUCCCUACCACUCGUCCGCAGUGCAUCUUUUGUCCUUCUCCAGGGUGUUCCCUCCAGCAUCUCAUUUGAUGAGGUUCGAGCUGCAAUCCUGGAGGUUGAUGGUGUCCUCAGUCUCCACGAACUACAUAUUUGGCAGCUCUCCGAGUCAAAGAACAUUGCCUCAGUCCAUGUUUUAAUGCUACACGACAUCGACUUCAUGCCCAUCGCCGCCAGCAUCCGCAAGGCACUGCAUGACCAUGGUAUCCACUCGUGCACUAUUCAGCCAGAGUAUUACCAAUCCCUCGAGGGUCGCUUGACAAGCUCCGCCGAAACGUCAUGUCUGGUGCUAUGUCCGCCCAAUCAACAUGAAUGCAAUCCCCAAGACAAUUCAUGUUGUCCCCCACCCUCAACCGAUGUUUAG